AUGCGAGUAACUAACCAGUCCGUCCGUUGUGUGUUACAGCAACUGAAACACCCCAACCUGGUGAACCUGCUGGAAGUGUUCAGGAGGAAGCGGAGGCUGCAUCUGGUCUUCGAAUACUGUGACCACACGGUUCUCCAUGAGCUGGACAAGCACCCUCGGGGGGUGCCGGAGCAUCUCGUGAAGAGCAUAACCUGGCAGACCCUCCAAGCUGUGAACUUCUGCCAUAAACACAAUUGCAUCCACCGAGACGUAAAGCCAGAAAACAUCCUGAUAACAAAGCACUCAGUCAUCAAACUUUGUGACUUUGGAUUUGCUCGCAUACUGACUGGUCCGAGUGAUUAUUACACAGACUAUGUGGCUACCAGGUGGUACCGCUCUCCGGAGUUACUUGUGGGAGACACCCAGUACGGCCCUCCCGUGGACGUGUGGGCGAUAGGCUGUGUCUUUGCCGAGCUGCUGUCCGGGGUGCCCCUGUGGCCUGGCAAGUCUGAUGUCGACCAGCUGUACCUCAUCCGGAGAACCCUGGGGGAUCUUAUUCCCAGGCACCAGCAAGUGUUCAGCACCAACCAGUUCUUCAGCGGGGUAAGAAUUCCAGACCCAGAGAGCAUGGAGCCAUUAGAAAUGAAAUUCCCAAGUAUUUCAUACUCUGCGUUGGCUCUCAUGAAGGGCUGCCUUCGGAUGGACCCUGCAGAGAGGCAGACAUGCGAGCAGCUGCUGCAGCAUCCCUAUUUUGACAGCGUUAGGGAGGCAGCGGAUCUGGGGAAAGAACAUGAAAAAACGGCUCGGAAAGCAGCCAGGCUGACUCGGAAGCAGGCGCCAGGGUUGCAGCACCUGCCGCAGUUAACCAGCAGUAACCUUCUGCCGGCUUUGGACAGCAAGAAGUGCUGCUGCAAAACAAGGAAAUCAAACUACCAUUUCCCCAACAUCUAA